GAUUGCAUUCUUCUUUUUUAAGGGCCAAUCAAACACCUCUGUACUACAAAUACAGCGCGUUCUGCAAUAUUCAAUUUUGGCCCUGAAUGUUUUGAACAUGUUUUUGGCAUCAUUAAAUAUAUGCUCUGCUAAUUUUUUCUGUUGACAUUUUAAGCUUUUGGAUUUCGUUUAUUCCAGUAGAUCAUUGUAAAUGUGCUCCUAUUUUUUCAGACGUGCACAAAUUCCUCGAAUCUUAUUUUUAUGUAUUCAAGCAAAUUUUGCUGACAGAAGUACUCAUUAUGCCUGAAUCAAAUAGUAUGAAUGGAAGUCCGUCUUUUAGAAGACGUAAACAAGAGUAUACUUCACAAGAAAAUGAUUCAAAUGCUCAAAAUACAGACAACUGUUCAAAGUAUACAGAGGAACAGCAAAGAGCAGUUGAAAAAAUUCGAAGUUGCUCCGACUAUUAUGAGAUUUUGGGUGUUACUAAGGAAGCUGGUGAGUCAGAAUUACGUAAACAGUAUAAAAAACUUGCUCUUCAGCUGCAUCCAGAUAAAAACAAAGCACCAGGUGCUGUUGAAGCAUUUAAAGCUGUUGGAAAUGCAUUUGCCGUACUAACUGAUCCUGUCAAAAGAAAGCGCUAUGACACUUAUGGUCUGGAAGCUAUGCAAACCACUGAAAAUCAUACUCAAGAAGGCUAUUACUAUGCUCAUUCUUUUGAAGGUGAUAUGACAGCUGAAGAACUUUAUAAUAUGUUUUUUCAAGGCCAAACUUUUGUUAGAACUGGUGGUCAGUGGCGUCGAUUUCAAACUGGGCAAUCUCAUCAUUAUCACGAGCAGGAAAGUCAAAGCCCACUCCGUCAAAUGCUGCCUUUAUUGUUUGUUGUGGGAAUAUCUAUUUUAAGCACCUUUUUGUAUACUGAUCCUCCUUACAGUUUACAAAGAACUAUGAAAUAUUUAUAUGAACGAAGAACUAGCAAUCUAGAUGUUCCUUAUUAUGUGAAAGACUCUUUUAUGCAGAAAUAUGAAUCAUUAUUGUCUCACGUAGAAAAGCAAGUUGAAGAUGAAUAUUUGGUUAAUUUAAGAACUUCUUGUUUUAGAGAAAGAAAUUAUAAAGAGAACAUGAUAUGGAGAGCCAAACACUUCAAAGAUGUCAAUUUAGAGGCAAAGGCAAAGAGCAUACGAACACCAUCAUGUGAUGCUUUAAGUGAUUUGUACAAAAACUACAACAGAUUUUAGUAAAUGUAGCUGUACUUCUACUGUUUAUAACUGAUGAACAAUUUCUUCAUUUCCAUCUUAUGGUAAGUUUUUUAGAAUCUUGGUUUAAAUAGCAUUGUGAUUAAAAUAAUAUGCUAUUGAAUCAAAAUAAUUUGUUUAAUAAUGUGUAUUAAAUUAUUUUGUGCUUGAAAUACAUACCAACUAUUUGCUAUAAGCUACGUAGUCAGUAAAUUUUUUUAGACAUUUGUAAAUAAUUUAGAUUCAUUGAUUUUGAAAAAAAUAUUUUAAAUUUUUAUAUAAUUUCUGAAGUUUAAAGUAUCUAAGCAGUAAAAAUAUUGAAAUGAAAAAGUAAGUGCAAGCUUUCUUUUAGAGCCAAUUGUGUUUCUUGAUAAGUGAUUACUUUUUAGUGCAAUCCGAUUUCUGUUUUCAUUCUUAAAUGUAGUGAUUGUAUUAUUUCAAGACUUGUAUUGUUACUGCUAUUUAUCAUAACAUUUUAAUAAACAUGAAGAAUUUUUGAAUUAGUGUUUCUAUAUCUAAAGGAGUUUAGAGAGAAAAUUGCACCUUACCAGAAACAGUUCGUAAUUGGCCAAAAUUUAAAUUUGUGUCAAAAUUUUGUGUUUAAUUUACAUGGAGCACAUUGAUAGGGUAUAUUUUUCCAACAAAAUCUCAGAAUUAUGGAAAUUUAUUCUUUCUUGCUUUUUGAAUCAGUUUUAAAUAUUUAAAAUAAUGUAAAAUUAAUAUGUAAAAUAAAUAUUUAAAAUUUUUUGUUAAAAAGCCAUAAUUUUUAUGAAACAAGUUUUAAAAAGUAUAAUAGCUAUACUUGAUGUUUAUAUCAAGUUAUUUAUGUUUCUAUAUUCUUAUAAUAUACUGUUAAUUUUUAAAAAAAAUAGUUUUCUUAGUAAGGUUUUUUGUUGUAGAAAAUUUUGAAAUUAAACUAAAAAAUACUUAUGUUUUUAUAAUAAGUUGAUGAAUCUAUUAACCAACAAUUUACAGAACUUUGCCGUAACCGGUUUAAAAAAAUUAAAUGGAGCUUAACAUGAUUUUAAGUUGAAGUAAGAAAACCAGAUUUGUCAAUAUGGUAUUUGAUUUUAACUUGCAUUCUCUCUUUUAACCGUAAUUCAACUUAUUUUAAAGCUGCCGUAAAUCUCUUUAGAUAUAGGGACUCUAUUAUUAUGAGCUCUAUAUUGAUUUCUUUAAUUUUGAUUUAUUUAAACUCUCAAUUCUUAUUUUUCGAUCAUUGAAUUUUUUAACUAUCUCAUAUAAAAAUAGAAUACAGUGUGAAAUAAAAAUGCAGUUUUAUACCCUUAUAUAUUUUGAAAAUGUUAUUCACUAAAAAGUAAAUUAAACUGACACAUUGUGUUCUUAAAUUAUGCACCAUUUUCAUGGUGGUUGAAGUUUUUCUAAACUACCAUAUAGAUAUUAUCCAGUUUUUUUUUGUUAUAUUUAUUUUCUUACUAAGAUAUGUAAGUAUAAAAUA